UGCAGAAGGGAAGGGACGGCGGGGGGUUUAUUAACAAGAACUAAAAGAAGGGAACUAAAAGAGCUGAGAUUGAACCAGCACACACUGUUAAACGAGAAUUGUAGCUUUGUUUUGAGAACCAUGCAUUCAAUAAGAAACUUUUUCUGUGGUCAGUGGUCCUCCACUGCUAGACUUGAUGACAAAACAGUGAUUAUAACUGGGGCUAAUACUGGCAUUGGAAAAGAGACAGCCAGGGAUCUUGCAAAGAGAGGAGCUCAUGUAAUUAUGGCUUGCAGAGAUAUGGCAAAAGCAGAGGUGGCAAAGAAAGAAAUCAUAGAAGAUUCUGGAAAUGAAAAUGUUGUCACCAGUAAACUUGAUUUAUCUGACACCAAGUCUGUAAGGGAAUUUGCUGAGUUAAUUAACAAGGAAGAGAAGCAGGUUAACAUUCUCAUCAACAAUGCUGGAAUUAUGAUGUGUCCAUAUUCUAAGACAGCAGAUGGGUUUGAGAUGCAGUUUGGAGUUAACCACUUGGGUCACUUCCUGCUCACGUACCUGCUGAUUGAUCUGAUAAGAAGAUCGGCCCCAGCCAGAAUCGUCAAUGUGGCCUCGUUGGCGCACAGCUGGGGUAGCAUUAGGCUGGAUGACAUCAACAGUGAGAAGAGCUAUGACACAGCCAAGGCUUAUGGCCAGAGCAAGCUGGCCAAUAUCCUCUUCACACGUUCUCUGGCCAAGAGGCUACAAGGGACUGGUGUCACCGUGUACUCUCUCCACCCGGGUGUGGUGCAGUCAGAGCUGUGGAGGAAUCUGAGCACUCCCAUGCAGAUGGCCGUCAAGGUGUUCCGGCCUUUCACCAAGACGUCUGUGCAGGGCGCACAGACCUCCAUCUACUGCGCCAUUGCACCAGAGCUGGAGAGGGAAAGUGGGGGAUAUUACAGUGACUGUGCUCCAGCAAGAUGCACAAGAGCUGCCACAGACGAUGAAAUGGCCCAGAAGCUGUGGGAACUCAGCUGCCAGAUGCUUGGAAUUCCAUGGGACUGAACGCAUACAUUUUAGUGUUUUUUUGUGUUUUUUUUUUUUUUACUGUUAUUUUUUUUUUUACUUGUUCCAUUAACUAGACCCUAAUCCAUAUUUACAAAAGGUUUCAAUAAGCUUCAACAUGAAGAUAAUACCAAGUACAUUACCACAUCACCAAGACUAAUCACCACAAUUAUUUUAUUUGUAGGCAAAGUUUAUCCUUAUGGCUCAAUACAAUGUAUUUAUUAUUGAAUAUAUUGAGCAGCAAAAGAAAGCAGUUUCAAUAGCUACAAUACAAUUAGCUGUAAUUUUACUAUUUCUGUUAGUUGGCUAAUGUUAAAACAAUGAAACUUAGGCAGCCACCGAGGGAACUAAUUAAGCAGUGGCUGUUAAUGGCUAUUGUGAUUAAAAAAAUGGCUGUUACUGUAUGUGCAGGUGAUAGAAAGGAUGGCUGCCAAGGCAGGUUUUCAUUUCCUCAGCAAUUUUGCAGGCCCUUUUGCCUAACUUUUCUAAUCAUUUUGUCUAGUGUUAGUGUAAAUGGCUUAUGGGCUGAACCUGGGAUAACAUUUUCGCCUUCUUAUAAUAAUUUAAUAAUUGUUAUUUAGCUGAUGCUUUUAUCCAAUGUGACUUACAGUUGAUUAGACUAAGCAGGGGACAGUCCCCUGAAGCAAUGCAGGGCUAAGGGCAGAAGGCUUCAACAGCUGUGCGGACCGGGUCAUGUACCUUAGGCCUUACCUUACCUUACCUUACCUAUUACCAAGUACCAUGUAUUGUACCAUGUACCAUAUACCUAUUACCUUUAUUACCUCACUGAAUUGUUCUUCCUUCAAUUACUUUAAUUCAGAGCAGAGACUGUUAUUAGACCAGAAUAUAAGCUUAACAACCAGGGAGCCAUCCUCUCCUCAUGUGAUCCCAUCUACGGUUAGAUGCACAUUACAAUAUUUAAGUAACCAACAAGGGCUAAAUGUGACACAUGCAAACAUCAAGAAACAUGGUGGUGCCCUGAACAUUAACAGGCUGGUGGCUAGCUAGCUAUUAUGUUCGUGCCUACUACACUCAGCUGCAAUACAUAAUAUUCCCAUGGCUGGUCCUGAUUAUGUGAUUGUAGACUCUCUACCCGUUACGCUAUACAACAGCACAGAUAUUAAAGGAAUGACAAUUUACAAGAAGAUACCUGCCAUUUUAGUGGCUGCUAGCAUCAUGGCCCAUAUAAACUAAAAAACCAGGAACACUACACAUGCACUACAAGUAGACACCAACAAGAGGGUUUGCCAAGCAGUGUGUUGAAAUCACUAAUUAAUUUGGCUCAGUAAUCCUCUUUUUUCUAGAAAUUUAUUCAACAACUAUACCACAUCAUUACUUCUUAAUUAGCUCUAUAUAGCCCCUCAGCUAUAGUUGGAGUAGGCUUACAGAGUCCCACCAACUGGCACAAUAAGAUUAGCCAGCCAAUCAUUCCUCUCUCGCUAUCAUGCAGUACUUACAAGGAAAAUGUUUCCUCAUUCAGUUAAAUGAUUCAUUUUAAGGCCAAAACUAACAACUCUUGAUUUUGUCUUAGACGAAACUCUAAACCUGUAUAAUACAGUGCAUAAUAGGGUGUGGAAUACUAUAUUUUAUUUUGAGAAAGUGCUGACCCGUCGGAAAAAAAAGAAGGUUUUCUUGAAGCACCAAGGGGCUGAAGAUUCCUUCUUGUGGGCUAAGAUUUGCGAAGCUCUGCUUUGACUAGUGGCCCCUUUGACUAGUAGCCCUCAAUCAAUAAAGCCAUGUAUCAAUAAAGCUCCAGUGGAAGCUUUAGUGUGCUGUGCAGGUUACUGUGAUGCAAAGCUAACAUAUAGGUAACAGGCCUAGAAAUGAACAGGGAGUGGCCAUCAUGGACAAUUGGUCCCAAUACAAAAGGGACCACAAGACAGGUUUCACUGUUAUUGCAAAGUGACUUAAAGGUGUUGUUUUUCACAGGCUGCAUGUGUCCUCCUUGGGCAGCUGCUAUGUUCAAUUGCUACAGUAGUAUGUAUUAAAAGAAACAUUGUGCAACAUAAA